GGCUUGUCAGAGUCGGAGGGAAGAGAGAAGCCGACAGACACAACACAGAGGCCGGGGGAACCGUCGUCCAGCUUUGAUGAGAUAGUCACCGAACAAAAGGACAACAAAAAAAACAGAAAUAAAUUGACUUUAAACACCUUGACAGGUAUGGUCCUGUGUGUGACGUGGCGGUCAGUGCGGGGACACGUAUCCCGCAGAGAGGCGCUCUGAUUCGGAAUCGGGGAAAUGCCCGCGGGCUGCAAGGCUGCAGACGGAAUCUCUCGGUGGAAAUGUGGCCGUGGAUCUGGUGCAUGCUGCUGGUCGCCCAGUCUGGGGAGGUCCGCACCCAAACAGAAAACCAGGUGGUGUUCCAGCUGGGAAGCUUCCAGAACGUGAGCGUCUCCCACAAUGAGACGGUGCAGGCCACGGUGUCGGGCAUCCCGGACACGGUGGCCUUCGUCACUCUGCAGUUCCACACCCAGCACCGCAGCACCGCCCUCUCCUUCACCCGGGUCCCAGGGGCCGCUCUCUCCGCCCCAGACACCGGGCUCCUGUCGACCCUGGCCCCCGGCCAGACCUCCCUCUCCCUGUUCCUCACCACCCCGGACCGGGACCCCGUGGCGGGCACGGGGGUCACCCUGCCCUACACCAGCGCCGACCCGCUCCCGGGGGCCUGCAACGGGGUCUUCGGCCUGGGGACGGACCCCAACCUCUACCUGACCUACAACCUCUACGAGACCACCCUGCGCUUUGCCCCCGCCAGCGUGGGCUAUGCCAGAGGCGCGACCCCCCCGCCGUGCAACGUCUCCACGGAGACGGCCGUGCGGCGCCGGCUCCUGUACGACGUGUACCGGUACCUCCUCCCGGCAGGGGACCUCUCAGAGGGCGGCCUCUUCAGCGGCCUGCAGAAGGUGGCCUCUGCCCAGAGCCUGGGGGCCAACCCCGGCCUGGGGGCCGACUCCGGCCUGGGGGCCAACCCCGGCCUGGGGGCCGACUCAAGCCUGGGGACCGACGUCCGCCUGGUCACGACCCUGUCCUGGGAGAACGACACGGUUGCCGUGGUGAGCUCGGUGCUUGGCCGGGGGGCCGUCUACGCCGUGGUGGUCCGCGACCCGGAGAGGAACACCUCCGCCUCCUACGUCCCCGUCCACACCUACGCCUGCAGCUUCGACUCCGCCCUGGAAGGCUGCCUCACCCUGGGUCAGAUCUCCACCAAAGUCUUCUUCACUCUCUCUGGCCUGGCGGGUUUAUUCGUCUGCUUCUUCGGCCACCGUUUCUUCAAAUGUGAGCUCUUCUGCAUGGGCUUCGCCUUCGUCUGCUUCCUCUUCUUCGUCCUCAUCACCCGGACCACCACGCUGGACUACCAUCUGCGUCUGGCCCUGGCGGCGGUGCUGGGCGUGGUGGGCGGGGCCGUGCUGGUCACCUGCUGGUGGCGCUUCGGCUCCGUCAUGGCGUGCGUCGCCGUGGUCGGCCUCAUCCUCGGCUUCUUCGUGGCCUCCACCGUCUUCUUCACUCCCUUCGGGGAGCUGGAGGUGUUCCAGGGCUCGGAGGUGGCCUUCUGGGUGACGUACUGCUGCCUGGUCCUGGCCGUGUCCCUGGUGAUGGUCCGCUGGCCCAGAGAGGGUAACAUCAUCACGUGUGGCGUGGUGGGGGGGUACUGCGUGGUGCUGGCGGUCAACGUCUACGUCUCCACCUCGCUGUCCUACAUCACGCUCAACGUCCUCAAGCGCUUCCUCAACCCCGACUUCGACCCCGCCUUCACCGACGUCUCGUUCCACGACAUCGACUUCAUGCUGAUCACGCUGUGGGUGGUGCUGGGGGCCUCGGGGGUGGUGCUCCAGCUGUACCGGGAGCGCUCCAGGCCCUUCUUCCCGCCCAGCCCCUACCUCAUGUGGCUGCAGGAGCGGGAGCGCCGGAAGACCAACGUCCUGGACCCCAGCCACCACGGGGCCACGCCCGCCGGGCGCCUGCUGGCCCGCCUCCGCCAGCUCACACGCCGCCGCCGCGAGCCCAACGGGGAGCACACGCCCCUCCUCCUCUGACCCCCCCCCCCCCUCCCCCCUCCUCCCUCUCUCGCUUGCUCCCUCGCUUUCAAACGUUUUAAUCCCUCUGAGUUUUUCAGGUUUUCCUUCUCUCUCGUUGUCCUCCGUCUCUUCUCUCUUUCUGCCCUUUCUGUUCCCUCCUCCAAGCCUCCUUUCUCUCCGUCUCUCUCUUCCUAUCGCUCUCUUCGCAUUCUCUAGUUCAUGUUCUCUCGAACUCUCCGUCUUUCAAAAUGCCAUGCUCCGGUUCUUUCUUUCCAUCCGUCUUUCUCUUUCUCUCAAGCUCUUUCUCUUUCCCUCUCUUUCCCCCUUCUUUCGAACCCGUUCUCCGGCGCAUUCUCUCUCUCUCUCUGCCUCGCUGUCGCUCUGCCUCGCUGUCGCUCUGUCUCGCUGUCUCUCUCUCUCUCUCUCUCUCGGCCCUCUGCUGUCUUUUUAAACCAAACCCCUUGACCACAUCACACCUUAGUACCCCCCCCCCCCCCCCCCCCCCCCCUCCUCCCAGUGUGCUGUCACAGAGCAGCGACGGUAUUGAACGCAGCACGCUACACUGAGCGCAGUACACCGGCCCCCCGGCGACAUCAUCAGGUAACCAUCGGAGACGGAAGGGCGAGGAAGACGACGACGGCGGCACGCUCUCUUGUCCGAGACCUCCGUCCCAUCGGAGGAGGGAAUGUUUCCGCCGUGCUAGAAAAAAGGAUCGCGAGGACGGAUGGAUUACCACGGCGACCGUCCACAUCUUUAACCACCGACGAGAGGUCGAGGCCGAACCGUCUCGCCUUCCCUCUGACGUCGAAAGCCCCUUUCAUCAGACACUUUGCUUAAUGUGUGUAAAAACCACCGUAACCACUGAAACCGCUGAAGCCAUGCUCGCCAUGCGUGAAGACAACCGAAGCGAGCUCAGAGGCCAACCGUUCUAAAAGCUCUAAGAGCUAGCAUUAACAGAGCAUGUCUGGCCCAGAGCUCAUCUUCACGCUUGCAACCUGAGGCACCGCUGCCUUGCCCAACUGCACUAAAGUCACCCGAUAUGGGACACGUUGUCUUUUACCCUCGUUUUCUUUUACGAGAAAACCCACAGAGAUAACUUGGUUUACUGCUCCUCUGGUGGGGAUAUGGCGUCGCAUUGGCAGGUUUUGGCAUGAUCCCAGAUCGCUCUUGGCUCUACGGGGACAAUAGGAGAGGAGGGGAGGAACCUUUUAGCUCGGACAGGCUCUGCUCUAUUAGAUCAACCCUCUGACGGGUUCAUCGUUUUGAGUGAAAGGAUUCAGUGACCCCGUUUCUCUCAGCCGACGACUCGUCGCAAAAUGUCAGAAAAAGAAAAUAGCAAGAGCUUUAUGUGUAUAAAAAAAAAGUACAAAGAAGAAAACAGCAAGAUCUUGACAUGUAAAAAAAGAUUCCAAAGAUUGAGUGAUCUUGUUUUAUUUUUAUACCCAAAUGGAGCAGGGAGUCGAGGUGAUUCUAAACAGCCUGAAAACUAGAAGAGGAGACUUUGGUGUACGUAGCCGAUGCCCCCAAAGACCACCUGCCGAGCAGCCAAGGAACGCUUGCUUGGUCGGCGCUUCUGUCCGUCUGCAAACAGGAUGUGAUGAGUCAUGAGCCUGUGUCUGUUGAUUCAUUUAAUUGGUUCCUCGUUCUCAAUUAGGACGAGUUCAUCGGGCUGUGUGGGUCUAAUCUCAGGGUGGUCCAGUCCUAACUCACUGAAUACGACUAUGCACUAAAACCACUUGUCUCUGUGUGUGGACCUUGCCAAUGCCAACCAGUCUUCUGUUUGACAUAUCUGCCUAUUUUAUUGUUGUUUUCUUUCCGAGACGGUUUUUCCAGCGUUGUGUCAAGAUGAGGUUUUUUAAUCUGCAUUUUUUGUAGCACUCCAUUAUGUAUAUUUACAAAAAAAAUGAUAUAUUGUAAUUAAAUACCUUUUUUGUAUAUUUAAUAAAUUGUCCAAACAUGUCGAUUCAA